GAUUGUGAGCCACCUCGCCUCAAUCUUUCAAUCUUCCAAGGCGGACUAAACAUCCUCCUCCUCCUCCUCCUCGCCCUCCUCCUCUCAUCCACCCUUCUCGCGCUAUCUGCAAUCAUGCCGUCAGCGCUCGUGCCAAACCCCGGCGUCGAGGACGCUUCGCUCCACGACCCACUUCCCUUUGUUCUGAGGACCUACAUCUGGCCCUUUUUCUUCCUCUACCCUGCCUUUGGAUACUUCUACUUCCUCAGAUAUGAGGAGUACAUCAACGGAUCAGAGUGGACCUUUGUCUAUCUCGGUACCAUCAUCUCGUUCCAAGCCCUUCUAUGGCUCAUGACCCAUUGGAGCGUCAACGUCCUCACCCUCUUCACCACCGUCAAGGCUACCGACCCCAAAAAGGCAAAGCUCAUCAGGGUCAUUCCCAUUGCUAAUGCUGGUCAGUCUAUGGUUUGCAAGCUGAGCCAUAUCAAGAGCCGCGGCCACGAAGAAAUCUCGUUCCUGUUCCAGAAGCGCAGAUUCAUUUUCGAUCCCGAGACCUCGUCCUUCAGCCCGCCCAUCUACCCGAUCGACCUCCCCCGCAAGAUUGGCGAGUUCCAGACCACCACCGGCAACAACGACAUUGCAAACCUCACGCUCGAGUACGGCGACAACAGGUUCGAUAUCCCGGUGCCGACUUUCCUCGAGCUCUUUUACGAGCACGCUGUCGCGCCCUUCUUUGUCUUCCAGGUCUUUUGCGUCGCGCUCUGGCUCUUGGAUGAGCUCUGGUAUUACUCACUCUUCACCUUGUUCAUGCUCGUCGCUUUCGAAUCAACCGUCGUCUUCCAGCGUCAGCGCACUAUGAUUGAGUUUCGCGGUAUGGGCAUCCAGCCUUAUGACAUCUACGUCUACCGCAAUGGCGAGUGGACUGAGAUUACGACCGACCAUCUUCUUCCCGGUGACGUUGUCUCGGUCGUCCGUACUAAAGACGACUCUGGCCUUCCCUGCGACUUGCUUCUCGUCAACGGUUCUGCCAUCGUCAACGAGGCCAUGCUCUCCGGUGAAUCAACCCCUCUGCUCAAGGAAUCAAUCCUCCUCCGUCCUGCCGACGAGAUUCUCGAUCUCAAGGGACUCGACAAGAACUCCGAGCUCUAUGGUGGUACCAAAGUCCUCCAGAUCACUCCUCCCACUGACUGCCAUAUCCCUCUUCCUCCCGAUGGUGGCGCGAUCGCUGUUGCCACGCGCACCGGAUUCGAGACCAGCCAGGGAAGUCUUGUGCGUACGAUGAUUUUCUCCACCGAGCGUGUCGGUGCCGGUAACGCCGAAGCCCUCUUCUUCAUCCUGUUCUUGCUCAUCUUUGCCAUCGCCGCCAGUUGGUACGUUUGGACCGAGGGUGUCAAGAUUGACCGUAAGCGGUCAAAGUUGCUCCUCGAUUGUAUCAUCAUCAUCACCUCUGUCGUUCCACCUGAGCUUCCUAUGGAGCUUUCGAUGGCUGUCAACAGCUCCCUUGGUGCUCUUGGCAAAUUCGCCAUCUACUGUACCGAACCGUUCAGAAUUCCUUUUGCGGGCCGCGUUGACGUGUGCUGCUUCGACAAGACCGGUACGCUCACGGGCGAGGAUCUUGUCUUGGAAGGUAUCGCCGGAUUGCUCUCGUCGCCUACCGACUUGCUCGACGUCAAGCAGGUCGCGCACAACACCACCCUCGUUCUCACUACCGCGCACGCGCUCGUGAGACUUGAUGAGGGCGAGGUUGUCGGUGAGCCGAUGGAGAAAGCUACUUUGAAGGCUCUGGGCUGGUCGAUUGGGAAGAACGAUACUCUGCAGUCGAACAACAAGACUGGCGGACAGACCAAGGUGCGCAUCCUGCGUCGGUUCCAGUUCUCGUCUGCUUUGAAGCGCUCGUCUAGUAUUGCGACUAGCUCAAACAAGUAUUUCAUCAGUGCCAAGGGUGCGCCUGAAACGGUGCGCGGCAUGCUUAGAGAGAUUCCUGAAAAGUACGAGGAGACUUACAAGUACUUUACCCGUCGUGGAAGCCGUGUCUUGGCGCUCGGAAUCCGAUUCCUCCCCGACGAUUUGUCCACGGCCAAGACCAACAACUUCACUCGCGAGGAGGUCGAGCGUGACUUGACUUUUGCCGGAUUUUUGGUGUUCAACUGCCCGCUGAAGCCCGACGCUAUCGAGGCCGUGAAGAUGUUGAACGAGUCUAGCCAUCGGGUUGUUAUGAUUACCGGAGAUAACCCGCUGACUGCUGUACACGUUGCGUAUGAAGUCGAGAUUGUGACUCGGGAUGUGCUGAUUCUUGAUGCGCCUGAGGAAGGCACGGACGGUGGCGAGCACGCGCUUGUGUUUAGAAAUGUUGAGGAGACGUACGUGGAGGCUGUUGAUCCGACGAAGCCGAUUGAUGCGGCGGUUUUUGCGAAAUACGAUAUCUGCGUGACGGGAUACGCGCUUGCCAAGUUUACCGACUACGAGCAUGUGUGGGAUCUGAUCAAGCACACGUGGGUGUGGGCGCGCGUGUCGCCUUCGCAGAAGGAGUACAUUCUGAUCCAGCUCAAGAACGGUGGAUACACGACGCUGAUGUGCGGUGACGGCACGAACGACGUUGGUGCGUUGAAGCAGGCGCACAUUGGAGUCGCGCUCUUGAACGGAACUGAGGAGAGCUUGAAGAAGAUUGCCGAGAACGCAAAGUUCAACAGGAUGAAGGAUGUCUACCAGAAGCAGUGCGAUAUGAUGGUGCGCUGGGGUGGCAAGGUGCCGCCCGUGCCGCCUGCUAUCGCGCAUCUGUACCCUCCGGGACCGAACAAUCCAAACUACCGAAAGGCGAUCGAGGCCCGAGGAGGUACUGUCGACGAGGCGUUGGUCAAGGCGGCGUACACUUCCGCCCGGGCUGAUCCGAAUGUGAUUCCGCAUGCGCUGGAGGCUAGUCAGACUGCGUCUUCGUUGGCGGAUAAGAUGAUGAGCAUGGUUGAUGAGGAGGAUGACACGGAGGCGCCGACUUUGAAGCUCGGAGAUGCCUCUGUUGCGGCGCCGUUCACGUCCAAGCUCGGAAGCGUGAACACGAUUGUGCACAUCAUCCGCCAGGGACGAUGCACGCUUGUGGCGACGAUUCAGAUGUACAAGAUUUUGGCACUCAACUGCUUGAUUUCUGCGUACUCGCUCUCGGUGCUGUAUCUUGCUGGCAUCAAGUUUGGCGACGGUCAGGCCACGAUCUCGGGAAUGCUGAUGUCUGUUUGCUUCUACUCAAUCUCGCGUGGAAAAGCGGUGGACAAGCUUUCGAAGGAGCGUCCGCAGCCCGGUAUUUUCAACUUUUACAUCAUGGGCUCGAUCUUGGGUCAGUUUGCGAUUCAUAUUGUGACGCUGAUUUAUGUGACCAAGCACGCGUACUUGAUUGAGCCUCGCGAGGACGAUAUCGAUCUCGAGGCUGAGUUCAAGCCGUCGCUGCUGAAUUCCGCAAUCUACUUGCUGCAACUGUCGCAGCAGGUGUCGACUGUCGCGGUCAACUACCAGGGCCGGCCGUUCCGGGAGAACAUCUCCGAGAACCGGGCGAUGUACUACGGUCUUGCGGCGGCGGGCGCGCUCGCGUUUGCGGGAGCGUCUGAGUUUAUCCCCGAGUUGAACGAGAAGCUCCGAUUGGUGCCGUUCGAGUAUGACUUCAAGGUGCGGUUAUGUGUGGCGAUGUCGCUUGACUAUGCGGGAGCGUGGGUCAUUGAGGUUGUGUUGAAGAAGCUGUUUAGCGAUUACAAGCCGAAGGAUAUUGCGAUCCAUGAGGAGAGAGAUCCGGAGGAUUUGGUGGUGAAGAAGACGCAGUGAGUGAGUCUUUAUAGAGAGGCCCCAGCGAGAGUGAAGGUGGUUAGAUUUUUUGUACAAAAAUAAUUGAUAUUCAGUAUAUUCAUGACUUGACUGAGGAUGAGGAGGAGGACAAGAAUAAGGUUAUAGAAUAAGAUUUUGACACCAAUCGCCGAAAACCUUAAAACGCUUAAGUGGGCGGACAUUGUGAGACCGAUUGACAACGGAAGGGAUUCGAUAGGGCAAAUUAGGAUUUCCCCGCAAAAAUGGUCGAGGACCCGGAGCGAGGAGCGGGAUUGGAGGUCGCGAGAAGAACAGGGCAAAUUGCGGUGCUAUAGGCUAUAAAUUACUGC